GCAUCAUGGCGGACAGAGACAGUGGAAGUGAGCAGGGAGGAGCAGCCACGGGCCCGGGUGUCGGUUCCAUGCACCCAGUGACAGGAGGGGCGGGCUCGGCUUCCGGGCUGCAGCACGAGACGCAGGAGCUCGCCUCGAAGCGGGUUGACAUCCAGAACAAACGCUUUUAUCUGGACGUAAAGCAGAACGCGAAAGGCCGCUUCUUGAAAAUAGCAGAAGUCGGGGCCGGAGGAAACAAGAGCCGCCUCACUCUCUCCAUGUCCGUGGCUGUCGAGUUCCGCGACUAUCUGGGGGACUUCAUCGAGCACUAUGCCCAGUUAGGGCCGAGCAAUCCGGACAUGCCACAGGACGAGCCACGGCGGGCGCUGAAGAGUGAGUUUCUGGUCCGGGAGAAUCGGAAGUACUACAUGGAUCUGAAGGAGAACCAGAGGGGCCGCUUUCUGAGGAUUCGGCAGACUGUCAACCGGGGGCCCGGUUUGGGAUCCACGCAAGGCCAGACCAUUGCUCUUCCAGCCCAGGGACUAAUCGAAUUUCGCGACGCACUCGCCAAACUCAUUGACGACUACGGAGUGGAGGACGAGCCGGCGGAGCUGCCGGAGGGAACCUCGUUAACUGUGGACAACAAGCGCUUUUUCUUUGACGUGGGCUCCAAUAAGUACGGGGUGUUCAUGAGGGUAAGCGAGGUCAAGCCCACCUAUCGCAACUCUAUCACAGUGCCCUACAAAGUGUGGUCGAAAUUCGGCAGCACUUUCUGUAAAUACGCAGAUGAAAUGAAAAAGAUUCAAGAGAAACAGAGGGAAAAAAGGGCAUGCGAGCUUCAGCAGCAACAGCAAGAGGAGAUGCACGGCGACGACGGGGAUGAGGAUUGAUAGUGGAGGGAAACAUGCAAAAAAAUUAAAAAAAAUUAUCCGAAUAACCUAAACAAAAAAAAUCUACGUACUGUGCUGUAAAAAAGAGAGAUACAUAAAAAGAUAAGUAACUGUUUAACUCCAAGGGAGCACUACCCACAAAAAAAAAAA